AUGUCAAAUUUUCAAGUAAAGGUAGAAGGUGAUCCAAAUCUUGCUAUGCAAGCUGGAUUUUUUGGUGGCCCAAACAUGACAGUUACAGAAAGCCAUCAUGGUCAUCACCACAACAGUUCAGAAGUUUCAUUUAAUGGUGGCUUUGGUAUGCCAUCAAUGACUAUGGAAGUUAAUGAAACUCACGGUCACCAUCACCAUCACAGCAAUAACACCGCUGAAGUUUCAUUCAACAAUGGUUUUGGUCCAUCAAUGACUAUGGAAGUAAAAGAAACUCAUCAUGGUCACCACAGCCAUCACAGCCAUCACAAUAGUGGUAAUGCUGAAGUUUCAUUCAACAGUAACUUUGGUAUGCCAUCUAUGAAUGUUUCAGUCAGCGACUCCCAUCACGGUCACUACAAUGGAGGUUCAGCACAAGUCGAUCUUAAUUUAGGUGGUGUUGUCGCAGCCGUUAAUGCUGUUAGCAGUGUUGUUGGUGCCGUUGUUGGUCAAGCCAUUGUUAUUGAUACACGUAAUCGUAUCUGGGUUCAAUUAAAUCAAGCAUCAUACAUUGGUGGUGAUGUUGUUAGUGGUACCGUUGAAAUGGACUGUGUUGUUCCAUUCUUUGCUAAAGGUGUUAUUGUUAAAGUUAAAGGUUUUGAAAGAUUAUGGCUUCAAGAACUUCGUACCGAAACUGAAGGUGAAGGUUCAAAUAAACGUACUGUCUUAAAAACCAUUGACCAUAAGGAAAAUAAAGAAUUUUUCAAAUCAACUAUUACAGUUUAUCCACAAUCAGGUAUGGUUAAUAGCGGUCAUUAUAGUUUCCCAUUCUCAUAUCAAUUACCAGCAGAUUUACCAGGUACUUUUUGUCAUGAUGGUAAAGAUGAAAAUGGUGCUUACAGCGCUAAAAUUUUAUAUAAAGUCAAAGCUACAGUCGAUGUUGCCCAUAAACAUGAUUUAAAAUUCACCUCAAAAUUAGUCAUUAAUGAAAGAUGUGGCGAAUUAGUUAAACCAUCAUUUGCAGAAAAUAAGAAAUCAUUCAUGUUAACCAAAGGUAAACUCCACGUAAAGACCUGGUUAGACAAGAAUGCCUACUUCCCAGGUGAAACUUUAAUUGCCAAAGUUAAAGCCAACAAUACAUCCAUUAAACCAACUAGAAAGAUGUCCCUUAGAGUUUUCCACAAAAUGUUCCUUAAAACUCGUCUCUACCAUCGUUACAUUAAUAACUAUGUCUAUAAACAAGAUUACGACGGUUUCCAACCAUGUUUCUAUGGUAAACGUUAUCUCCCAUUCAAUAUUCCAGUAGAUUUAAAACCAUCAUCAUCUUUAGGUAAACACAUCACCAGUAGUUACAUACUUGAAUUAGAAUGUGAUAUUCCAAUGGCUAUCGAUUUACAAGUUGCCUUACCACUUACCUUAUUUGCUCCACAAUUCCUUUACUCAACUGUACCAUCACAACCACCAGGUUGUCCAUUACCACCAGAUGUUCAAUACCGUCAUCCAUGGGAAAACGAUGAUAAUCAAACAUCAUGUCGUAAAUGUAAUAAAGGUUUUGGUUUAUUCGCUCGUAAACAUCAUUGUCGUCACUGUAUGAAAAUCUUUUGUGAUAAAUGUACCUCAACCAAAACUCCAAUCACAAAAUUAGCUUAUCCAAAACCAGUUCGUGUUUGUGAAGAGUGUUUCCCAGUAGCCUCACAAGGUGGUCAAAAAUACCAAUCUGCUAAAGUAAUGGCCCAAAACUAUAAACAACAAAUAGAUGCCUAUUAUGCUCAAUAUUCAUAUAUUUAUAACCAACAAGUCCCAUCUGCUCCACCACCACAAUAA